UUCUGUCCUUGGCCGCACUAGUACCGGAGAAGGAGCGGACCCUCGCUACACGCAGACCCGGAAGCAACACGCUGAGCGUAAACACAGCUGUGAAGGCUGCGUAUUGCCUUCAGAAAGAUGGUGUACGUGUCCAACGGCCAGGUCCUGGACAACAGGUCCCAGUCCCCCUGGAGCCUGUCCUUGCUGACUGAUCUCUUCUGGGGGGCAGUGGAGUUCAUCAGCCUCUUUUUUAGGACAAUAAUUCACCCCGAUUUGUCGAGGAAUGGAAACGUGGCUUCUUCAUCAUCAUCACGGUUCAGUGACGGCAGAGGACCUCCAGGUCCCCCUGGUGGCAGGAGGCGGAUGGGACGAAUAACUCACGGAGCAGGUCCCAACCCUCCGCCAAUGGGUGGAGGAGGAUGAGGAAGGUAAACGCCCACACGUGCAGUGUGGGCGUGGGGCCGUGUACGGCGCGUGUCCUCUGAGAACACAGAUGGUAACGUCGUCGUGCUGAAGCCCUUCUUCAUCUGCUGCCACUGCUGCUAGCAGUUUUUUGACGCCUUUCUGGGAAUACCAAUGCCUUGGGGCCAGAAAGGUUGAUACAGCAGCUGUCCUCAUCCCUUCCCAUUGUUGUCCCCCCCUCCCCUCCCCUCUCCUCUGCUUCUGCCAUGUAGUAGACAUAUUGGGCAAAAGCAUCGCGUUUCUUCUCAUCCAUUGAAAUCAUCACAUAGUUUCUUUUUUAACUUUCUGUUUAAAUAAAUAAUCUAUACUGAG